AUGAAGACUUCAGGCAACAUCGCCCUUCUGGCGACAACUGCCGGAUUGGUCACCACAGCCGUCGCUGGUGCUUUCGACUCAGCUCAAACCAUAUCACUCUACUGGGGACAGAACUCGUACGGCAACUCGACCGGCGACUUCGCACAGCAAUCUCUGGCGACCUACUGCUCGAACGCCAACAUCGAUGUCAUCCCAAUGGCUUUCGUGACCAAGAUCACCACCGGCAAAGGCGGCCAACCGGAGGUGAACUACGCAAACUCUGGAAACACCUGUGUUAUAUUCUCAGGUACCAAUCUUUGGGACUGCCCCACCUACGCCGACGAUAUCAAGACCUGCCAGCAGAAGUAUGGCAAGAAGAUACUGGUGUCAAUUGGGGGCCAGGGCUAUACUGAGGGUGGAUUCAAGGACAGGCAGACUGCCAUCAACAACGCAAACCUACUUUGGAACAUGUUCGGCCCCGUCAACUCUUCCAGCAAGGCUCUCCGCCCAUUCCACGACGCAGUCGUUGACGGCUUCGAUAUCGACGUGGAGCAGAAGAACAACUACUUCCGCGCUUUCGGACUGCAGAUGAAGACCCUCAUGAAUGCCGACAAGUCCAAGCAGUUCUACCUGACCGCCGCACCGCAAUGCCCAUACCCAGACGCAAACCUAGACCCCAUGCUCAACGACCCCAACGGCGGCGUCCCCUUCGACGCCGUCUUCGUCCAAUUCUACAACAACCCCGGCUGCGAUGUCCGAAGCUUCACAACCGGAACGGCCACGCAGUCGAAGUUCAACUUCCAGACCUGGCACAACUGGGCCACGUCCAAAUCCGCGAACAAGAACGUCAAGAUCUUCUUGGGUGUGCCUGCGGGUAAGACUGGUGGGGCGGGAUACAUGACCGCAGCGCAGCUGAAGCCGAUUAUCAAUUACUGCAAGGGGUUUUCGAGUUUUGGCGGCGUUAUGGCGUGGGAUGCGUCGCAGGCGUAUGCGAACAAGCCGUUUCUGAACGAUGUUAAGACGACGUUGAAGGCGGCGAAGACGAAGCGGGAGGGGCAUAGGUAUUUGCAUUUGCAUGGGCGUCGCGAUAGCCAUGUUCAUCAGGAGAAGUAA